CCACCCUUACUUUUCUUACACCUCCACCUUCGGUUACAUUUCUCAGCUUCUGCCACACUAUGGUUCUCCAUAACCUCUCCUACCUUUCCUUAGCUCUGCUACUGUUCAUCCGAGUCGACUCGACUCAACCUCCAUUCUCAUGCGGCCCAUCAACCAAAUCUUACCCUUUUUGCCGAACCAAUCUGCCCAUUAGCCAAAGAGCUCGGGACCUGGUAUCCAGGCUCUCCCUGGACGAGAAGAUCUCCCAACUCGUUAACUCAGCCCCGGGAAUUCCUCGACUCGGUAUCCCCGCUUACGAAUGGUGGUCGGAGGCAUUGCACGGCGUGGCCAGCGUAGGCCCCGGCAUCCAUUUCAAUGGCACCAUUAAGGCCGCCACCAGCUUCCCUCAAGUCAUCCUCACUGCCUCUUCCUUCGAUGCCUACCAAUGGUAUCGCAUUGGUCAAGUGAUUGGGAGAGAAGCAAGGGCAGUGUAUAACAGUGGGCAAGCUCGGGGGAUGACAUUUUGGGCGCCGAAUAUAAACAUAUUCAGGGAUCCAAGAUGGGGGAGAGGGCAAGAGACGCCGGGGGAGGAUCCAUUGGUGACAGGGAAAUAUGCAGUGUCGUACGUGAGGGGGAUUCAAGGGGAUACUUUUCAAGGAGGAAAGCUCACCGGGCAUCUUCAAGCUUCUGCUUGCUGCAAGCAUUUCACUGCUUAUGAUUUGGAUAAGUGGAAGGGCACCAACCGAUUCAUCUUCGAUGCUCGUGUGACUCAACAAGACUUAGCAGACACAUACCAGCCCCCAUUUCGAAGCUGCAUAGAGGAUGGGAGAGCCAGCGGAAUCAUGUGUGCUUACAACAGAGUAAACGGAGUCCCAAAUUGUGCAGAUUACAAUCUCUUGACCAGAACCGCUAGAGGACAAUGGGGUUUCCAUGGGUACAUUACAUCGGACUGCGAUGCGGUCUCCAUUAUCCAUGAUAAUCAAGGAUAUGCUAAAUCAGCCGAAGAUGCUGUUGCUGAUGUCCUCAACGCUGGCAUGGAUGUCAACUGCGGUUCCUACUUGCAGAAGCACACCAAAUCAGCAGUAGAGCGGAAAAAACUACCCGAAUCUGCAAUAGACAGAGCUCUCCACAACCUCUUCUCUGUUAGAAAGUUAGGCCUUUUCGAUGGAUAUCCAAGUGGCAAGCCUUUUGGCAACAUCGGUCCCGACCAAGUGUGUUCCCCACAGCACCAGAUGCUAGCCCUUGAAGCUGCCCGCAAUGGCAUUGUUCUCUUGAAGAAUUCGGCCAAACUCCUCCCACUUUCAAAGCAAACAACCACUUCACUUGCUGUUAUAGGUCCCAAUGCCAAUGCUGCAGGCACACUGCUAGGCAACUAUGCGGGUCCUCCUUGCAAAUCAAUCACUCCAUUGCAAGCACAGCUUGAUCGCUUGGACCUUGUUCUCCCAGGAAGGCAACAGGAACUGAUCGGCAGUGUUGCAAAAGCUGCAAAUAAACCAAUUACUUUGGUGCUUAUUUGUGGAGGACCUGUUGAUGUAUCCUUCGCCAAAUAUGACAAUAAAAUUGGAAGCAUUUUGUGGGCUGGCUAUCCUGGUGAAAGCGGAGGGAUUGCACUUGCAGAAAUCAUAUUUGGUGAUCACAACCCAGGAGGGAGAUUAACAAUGACAUGGUAUGCUCAAAGUUUUGCCAAGGUGCCAAUGACUGACAUGAGGAUGCGUCCUGAAUUAUCUUCUGGUUAUCCAGGAAGGACAUAUAGAUUUUACAAAGGGCAAAAAGUUUUUGAAUUUGGUUAUGGUCUUAGCUACUCCAAGUAUUCAUACAAGUUCAAGAGAACUCAGAGCAGUCUCUUCUUAAACCAAUCUUCAAGCAAGCAAGCAACUGAAAAUUCAGACAUGGAUCGAGUAUCAGUUUCAAAGCUGGGCGCAGAGCUCUGCAAUAAAAGGAAGUUAUCAGUUUAUGUUGAAGUUGAAAACAAUGGGGAAAUGGCAGGUAAACAUCCAGCAUUGCUGUUUGCUAGGCAUGAAUUGCCUGAAAAUGGUAGGCCUAUGAAACAGCUCGUUGGCUUCCAGAGCUUGAUAUUAAGUGCAGGGGAGAAAGCUGAAGUUGAAUUUGAGGUGAGCCCGUGUGAGCACCUAAGCAGAGCUGAUGAAAAUGGUUUGAUGGUGAUUGAAAAAGGGAAGCAUUUCUUGGCUAUAGGAGAUGCAGAGUACUCAAUCAGCAUCAUUAUCUAAUGUUGAGAAAUUGGGAUCUUCACCUCAUAAAAUGUAGUUCACUAGCUAUGACAUAUUCCUACAUUGUUGAAGAAGAGGAAAACUGGAAUGCGCAUUCAGAAAAUGCCAUUCAAAACCUUUUCUCCCUAUGAAUUGAGAAAGAAAUUGGAAUUUUCCCUCUAAUUAAAAUGAAUGAUGUGGGACUGUUUAAUGUU